GGAUGGCCCUUCCCGCGACUGCGCCACUUCCGAGGAGGCUGUGGCCGCCCUGUUGACGGACCCCCGGGCCGGGGCCGGGCGCGAUGGCGGACUGGGCUCGCGCUCAGAGCCCCGCCGCUGUGGAGGAGAUUCUAGACCGGGAGAAUAAGCGGAUGGCCGACACCUUGGCUUCCAAGGUCACCAGACUCAAAUCGCUGGCCCUGGACAUCGAUAGGGACGCAGAAGACCAGAACCGGUACCUGGACAGCAUGGACUCGGAUUUCACAAGCAUGACAGGCCUGCUCACAGGGAGCGUGAAGCGCUUUUCCACAAUGGCGAGGUCUGGGCGAGACAACCGGAAGCUUCUAUGUGGUAUGGCCGCGGGCCUGAUCGUGGCCUUCUUCAUCCUCUCGUAUCUCCUGUCAAGGGCAAGGACAUGAGCCACUAGGAACUGGCUUUUGUGGGUGUCUGGGGCAACCAGGGUCUUCCCCUGCCUGGUGUCCUAGGCUCCAGAGGACCUAUGUACAAAAUAUUCCUUUGAAACGAUGAUUGUAGCUUGGAAAUCUUCUUGUGUGACUGGGAGUUGGUGACUUCCUCUGACCCAGUGAGCUCCUGUUGGCUGGUCCCAUGUGUGUAAGGGUCUCUUUCCAUUGGGGAAACCAAGGCCCAGCCCUCUGUACUACUGCAGGUGCUAGAGGCUCUCACAGAGCCAGGUCUGAGCAGAUCCGCUUGGAAUCCUGCUCAUGGCUACCUGUGGCUAGCAGUCUUCCCCUGUUCCUUGGGGCUUUGACAUCUCAAGGUUCUGCCCUAUCCUUGUCUCUGGCUAAGGCCAUAUCUGAUAUCUGAGAUGCUUGGAGCUGACACAGGAAGGCGGUGUGCUGUGAACUUUGAGCACCGUUUCUACUCAGAGAUGGCAGGUACUCUUGGCUAGGGGCUGCUGAGCAUGGGCAGAUCAGUGUCGAGGGUUCCGCCAUGAGGCCUUGCCUGUCCUUUGGGCCCUUGGGAAAGGGCAAGGGGUUGUGGAUGAAGGUGUGGACUGCAACCUUGGCUGGAGGCCCUGGGCCCUCUGAGAUCCAGUCCUUCUGGAUCUCACAGUCUGUAUCCAGGAGCAGAAACUCCCAUUUUCUCAGAAUUCAAGAGGUAUCUAACACCAAAGAUGUAUUUCUGGGACACCAGACCUUUAGAAGCAGUUCCAUCUGUCAUUUCAGAGUCAGACAGAGUGUGUGUUGAAGGGGCACCUUCUACGGGUCAGGACAGGAGGCUUCCCUACAAGGACUCUAGAACCCAUAGGUCAUUUCUGGAGUGUCAGCAGGCAGCUUCCCCUCCACAGAGGCCCUUUGACAGUGAGUACCGCCUUACUAAGGGGACUCUUAGUUAAUCUCCGCAUCCCCAGCCUCCGCAGACUGCCCUCCAUGCCCUCACUGCCUACGUGGCCAGCCCCAUGUUCACACAAACCGAACCACAGGCCCAGCUGGCCCAGCGGCUCCUCACCCCAUAGUGAGGUGUUGGCACCCUCACUUGUGCACAAAUGCAUGUAACAAACGAUUCGUUGGCUCCGGGUCCUUCCCCAUCUUCUGCCAUCCCAGUUAUUCCCCCUUACCCCUCAGGACCGUUGCUCCCUGUCCACCUCCUUUUCCAGGUCACACGUAUUGACCACAUGUCAGCUCUCUCGGCCCCGCCUUGCUCUGGUCUCCAGCCCUGGGCACCUCCCCUAUGGCAUUGAGGCUCGUUCUCCCUUCUCCUGCCUCGUCUUCCUUUCUGUUGUCCAUCCAGCAGGCCUGGCCUUUCCUUGCACAGUCAUUCCAUUCUACCUGCUGGCCCCCUCAGCCCUCCCGGAGGAGAGGAUCCCACUUUCCUACUUUCCUACUUCUGAGGGUUCUUUCUGACUGCCUCUGCUCUUCCACAUGCUAGUUUCUCAUCCAGUGAGGUCGAUUUACCUGCCUCCGUGUCUCUGGGACUUUGCUGUUUCUGCUUACUCCUUACUUCCUUCGCAGGCUCCCAUUGUCCUGCCUCACUCCCCAGUCCCUGCGCUCUCUGGUUUUGACUUAGCCCUCUGCUCAUCUCACAUUACGCUUUGUCACAGGGGUGUGUUCACAGGUCACCAGGCUUAAUAGGGACUGCCAAGGGCACUGCAGACACACCCUCACCCUGCAUCCCCUGCUCUUCCUGGGCCUGUGGUGCUGACCUCACUUUCCGAGAACAUGCUCCAUCGUGGGAGCCACAGCACACUAAGCAAGCUGCGCCUGCCUGUCCUGCCGAUGCAGACUAGUUUAGAUUUUUUGUUUUGGGUGGUCUUGCUGAGUGCUUUCUGCUGUCUCUCUCAGACCUCCAGCUGCAGCGUUCUCUCCUGAAGUCUCCAUCUCUGCGUCCCCAUCUCCACUUCUAGCUAUUUUGGGGGCUGGGUUUUAGUUACUUUCUGGUUUAUCUUGUGGUUUCUCAUUCUCAUUGCAUUGGGGUGGAUUCUGUGAGGGGGCCCAGCCUGGCCAUUUUGCCAACCUGUCAGAGCCUUCACCCUGUUUCUGCCCAGCCUUGUGUACCCAGCACCUACAUAGGCAGGGUUUGCUGACAUUGGUCCCUGAGACUAGUAACAGAAAGGACCUGGGGACCCAGUCUGUGCCAAGUGAGGACACACUUCCAGGCUCUAUCCAACAAUUCAAGGACAAGGCAUUUAACAAUAAAAAUUUGGAAGAAAC